CAAUGACUUUAUAAAUUUCUGCCGUAAGCAAAACGAAACCCAAGCACACUAAAAACUUGUUGGUUUGAAAUUUAAAUAAAGUAAAGGCAAAUUAAAAAUAUACGAAAAUGUCUCGAGGAAGUUCAGCCGGUUUCGACAGACACAUUACAAUCUUUUCGCCAGAGGGACGCCUCUAUCAAGUGGAAUAUGCAUUUAAGGCCAUUACCCAGGAGAACAUCACUUCGGUGGCUUUAAAGAGCGGCGACUGUGCCGUUGUGGCCACCCAGAAAAAGGUGACGGAGAAGAAUAUUGUGCCAGAGACUGUGACCCAUUUGUUUGGCAUUACCAAGGAAAUUGGCUGCGUUAUGACUGGACGCAUUGCGGAUUCCCGGUCUCAGGUGCAAAAGGCACGCUAUGAAGCUGCCAAUUUCCGCUACAAGUACGGCUACGAGAUGCCUGUGGAUGUGCUCUGCCGUCGUAUUGCGGACAUCAAUCAGGUGUACACCCAGAAUGCUGAGAUGCGCCCGUUGGGCUGUAGCAUGGUCCUAAUCUCGUACGAUGAUGAGUUGGGCCCAUGCGUCUACAAAACGGAUCCGGCUGGCUAUUAUUGCGGUUUCCGUGCCUGUUCAGUAGGCGCGAAAAUGAUUGAGGCCAAUAGCUAUCUGGAAAAGAAGUACAAAAACAAUCUAUCCGAGGAGAAGACCAUACAAUUGGCCAUCACUUGUCUGUCCAGUGUCCUAGCGGUUGACUUUAAGCCAAAUGGCAUUGAGAUCGGCGUUGUGAGCAAGUCAAAUCCGCAGUUUCGUAUACUCGAUGAGAAGGAGAUCGAGGAUCAUUUAACCAAAAUUGCUGAAAAGGAUUAGGCGCCUAGCGUAUGACCCCCAUGUAGAUGUUAAAUCAACUUUUUAUAAACAUUAAAAAUGGAAUUGCGGAAAGAUUGGAAA